AUGCCUGUAACAGUGAGGGUCAACUUGGCCGACAAGGCCGUUCUCUUUCGCACCACGAUUCGGUCGGCGAAGUCACAAGCACGGUCGACCAGAGCAUGGGCUCGUGUGCACUCAGUUGACAGAGUUCUUAACCUCAACACACAGAUCUAUGCAAAAUGCCGGAAGCAGCUCAUCAAUCUCGGUGCCGAUGACUUAUUGAUGAAGUAUCGGCGAUUGGAGAAGGCCGACCUCAAGGCCACUACCGUGGUGGCAGACCCAAAUGCCCGCAGUCAAAGGAAUAGCACAUUAGCCUGGUUUUGGUCCAUUGACAUCGAGGGGGAUUCUACCAGCAAUGACUGGAUGAAUGAAUUUUACCGUGUCCAUUGGCUCAGGACUUUGGCACUGUGCAAUCGUUGGGAAGAGGAGCUGCUGCUGGUCGGUCGAGAAAUGACAUGGACCGUGGCAUUCUUGAUGCAUAAAUCUCAAGAAUGGGUCUGCCGAAUGCAGGAGGCCGAUGCAAAGGAAAUCAUUGGGCACCGCUGCUAUGCAGCCCGCCAGGCUCAAAUGUAUCUCCAACUCUCACAGCAUGCAGAAGACAGCUUUGACAGAACAAAAGGGGUGGCUGAGGUUGCAGAGUGA